AAAAUUCUGGAAUCAGUGCUUGAUGACAAUACAAAUCAGUGCUUGAUGAUGGCACAAUGUUCAUCAGUAUAUGUUUAGGUGACAAGGGAGACUAUGUGCCUUGACAACAUGUCACUGAGGGCAUUUAUGCUCUUGUUUUUUGACAAGUAUUUUUGGCUAUUGACUUUUUUUUCUGAUUGAGGAGUCAAGAUGUCUGCAAAAGGGCUAUCCUUGAGUUUUCCUCUACUGUUUAUUUGCUUCUUCAUGGAAAGUUUUUGUAUUUGUGAUAGAAGUACCUGGACAAAAGUUGGAUGGGAGAUCUUUCCAGAUGAGGCACUUCAUCUGAAAUUUAAGCGUCCUCCAACUUCCUGUCUGCCUUACCCUGUGGAUAAAAUAUAUUGUAUUUUGGCUAACCUGGAUAUAUUUGGCAGCUGUUUACGCAUCACUUAUAUUUCAGUGGAAAUUCUCCUUUUAAUCCUGACUGUUUUAUCUGUACAUUACCUGUGCAUGAAGUGGAAGAAGCAUAAAAGAAAGGUUAAAAGGCAAGAAACUAUACAGACCAUUGAUAAUGGCCUAGAAAUUGAGUCUUUCCAGGACAUUGAACAAAUACUCUGCAGACUGAUAGCUACAGUAACCAUGUUGACCAAGUACCUGAACAAGGCAGUCCAUCAUCCUUCAGCUAAAAAAAGCAAAUAUGGCAAAAUAAGAGGGAAAAAAGUGAAGGCAGUGAGGAGCAGGAAGACACUGGAUUAUCCAUAUGCAGCUCUGUCCAAAAUGAAUAUCACAACAGGACUCUAUUGAGUGAAUUCAUCAGAGUAUAAAAAUGGUUCUUUGGGAACCUCUGUGAUUUUUCUUGCCACACACUCUACAGAAAAUUUGAAAUCUUGGCUGAAAAUAUAUUUCCAAAGGCA